UGUCAGAGGUUUGAUUCAAGGCACUUGUGAUGAUUGCAUUCUAAGUACUUUCAAGUAUUUCAGUAAACAAAGAUCAGCUGUGGAAGACUGUUUCUUUCAGACACGUUGUAUUCCUGUACCAAAAGCCAUAGGGCACACACAAAAUAUUUCUUCCAUCACCAGUACUUGUGGAGACUUGGCGCAUCCAGUGUGGAUGGACUUGUGAAUGCGGGGAGGACGGGCUCAUGCAAACCCCAUCCUGCUGUAGGCCAUGAAGGAUGGCUAAUAACGUCCACAUGAGCGGGCUGCUGAGCCGCCAUGACGAUGAAGCCACGAGGACUUCGACUUCGGAGGGCUUGGAGGAGGGUGAGGUGGAAGGGGAAACCCUCCUGAUUGUAGAGUCUGAGGACCAGGCCUCGGUGGAUUUAUCCCAUGACCAGAGUGGAGACUCACUGAACAGUGAUGAAGGUGAUGCGUCCUGGAUGGAGGAGAUGUCCUACUACUGCGAGAAGUGCCAGAAGUGGAUUCCAGCAAGUCAACUGAGAGAACAGCUCAGCUAUCUCAAAGGAGAUAACUUUUUCAGAUUUACUUGCUCAGAUUGCUCAGAAGAUGGAAAAGAACAAUUUGAGCGGCUGAGAUUAACUUGGCAACAAGUUGUCAUGCUGGCAAUGUACAAUUUGUCUCUGGAAGGAACUGGCCGUCAGGGGUACUUCAGAUGGAAAGAAGAUAUUUGUGCUUUUAUUGAGAAACACUGGACUUUCUUAUUAGGAAACAGGAAAAAGACCUCGACAUGGUGGAGCACAGUUGCUGGCUGUCUCUCUGUGGGGAGCCCCUUGUAUUUCCGCUCAGGAGCCCAGGAAUUUGGAGAACCAGGGUGGUGGAAACUGGUUCAUAAUAAACCCCCAACAAUGAAACCUGAAGGGGAAAAGCUGUCUGCAUCUACACUAAAGGCGAAAGCAGCUUCAAAGCCACCUCUGGAUCCCAUCAUUACUGUGGAAGGUCUCAGGAAACGGGUGAGCCGCAAUCCAGUUGAAUCGGCCAUGGAGCUGAAGGAGAAGAGGUCUCGCACUCAGGAAGCCAAGGAUAUUCGGAGAGCCCAGAAGGAGGCAGCCGGCUUCCUGGACCGUAGCACUUCCUCCACUCCUGUUAAAUUCUCCAGUCGAGGCCGUCGUCCCGAUAUUGUCCUUGAGAAAGGAGAGGUGAUUGACUUUUCUUCUUUGAGCUCUUCAGAUCGCACUCCUCUGACAAGCCCUUCUCCUUCCCCAUCUCUGGAUUUCUCUGCUCCUGGCACGCCAGCCUCACAUUCAGCUACUCCUAGCCUUCUCUCAGAAGCAGAUCUCAUCCCUGAUGUCAUGCCACCACAGGCCCUGUUUCAUGAUGAUGAGGAGAUGGAAGGAGAUGGAGUCAUAGACCCAGGAAUAGAGUAUGUGCCUCCCCCAAGUGGGACUGCUGGUGCUGGGACCAUGAUAGCAAGUAGAAAAAAAGUGAAGACAGCUGAGCAGAUCAAGCAAGAAGUGGAGAGUGAAGAAGAAAAAACAGAAAGGAUGGAAGGUGACAGUGAAGAUCCUGAAGAGUCAAACACGCCUCUGCAGUUGAGGGGAAGAGACAAGAGGAAACCACAGCUGGAGAAGGAUGCCAAACCCAGAGCUCCCAAGCAUACCUCUGUUAGCAUCUAUGAGGAGAAGCUGCUGCUGAAGAGACUGGAAGCCUGUCCCAAUGCCCUGAGCAUGACCCCAGAGGCCCGGAGACUGAGGCGCAAGCUGAUAGUCAGGCAAGCCAAGAGGGAAAGGGGGCUGCCACUUUUUGACUUGGACCAGGUCGUGAAUGCUGCACUGCUCUUGGUUGAUGGGAUUUAUGGAGCCAAAGAAGGUGUUUCCAGGUCCCCAGUAGGGCAAGCGACCUACAGAACUACGAGUCAAGACUUCAGGAUCUUGGACAGAUACCAAACAGUGCUGCCUGCCAUGAAAGGAUAUCGACAGCAGACAACAAAGUUCCUGUAUCGACUGGUAGGGUCAGAAGACCUGCUUCCAGACCACAGCAUUGUCAGUCCUUACACGUCUCGUGUCCUGAAACCGUACAUCAGGCGUGAUUAUGAGACAAAGCCCCCCAAACUGAAGCUGCUGGCAGAAAUCUGGGCGUAUCCACACAGGAAUGAUCUCAGCUGGAAGGCUGAGCCAGAAGCACCCAUUGAUUACUGCUACGUUCGCCCUAAUCACAUCCCUACUAUAAACUCUAUGUGCCACGAAUUCUUCUGGCCUGGAAUUGAUUUGUCAGAAUGCCUACAGUAUCCAGACUUCAGUGUUGUUGUCCUUUACAAAAAAGUUAUCAUUGCCUUUGGCUUUAUGGUGCCAGAUGUGAAAUACAAUGAAGCUUACAUCUCUUUUCUGUUUGUUCACCCUGAGUGGAGAAGAGCUGGAAUUGCAACCUUCAUGAUUUAUCAUCUUAUCCAGACCUGCAUGGGCAAAGAUGUAACCCUUCACGUCUCUGCAAGCAACCCCGCCAUGCUGCUCUACCAAAAAUUUGGAUUUAAGACUGAAGAAUACAUUUUGGAUUUUUAUGACAAAUAUUAUCCCUUGGACAGUAAGGAGUGCAAGCAUGCAUUCUUUCUCAGACUGCGGCGCUGAUCUACCAGAGCCACUGUGGGAUCUGUGAAAAGCCCAGCCUGUCGAGCAAGGUAUUACCGUGGCUUUCAGCAGAGGAUGCUGGCUGUCACAGGAGAGCUGGAACGCACAUUGGCCUUUUUCGAUAGGACUUCUAAGAUCAACAGUGCUAUGUUGUGUGCUGCAAGUGCAAUCCAAGAGGAUUGAUUCACACUCUCUGAGGGACAGGCCCAGAAAUGCCAACAGAAACAUGCUGAAGCCACUGAAAGACAGAGAUUCUUAUGCAGUUUUCCUGACACUUUGGGGAUUGCCACUGGAGAAAAAGGGAAGGAAAAAAAAACCCAAAAAACAAAAACACCAGAACUUGUCACUUCAGAGGAGCCCCAUGGAUUUCAAAUUUUGAAACCUAUCCCAAGUUACAGGGUUUUUGUUUAUGUUUUGUUUAUGGAAAAUGAACAUCUAAACUUAAGUCAUCUACAGUGUUUCUGUGAUUUGAUUGCUCUGUUAGGAGCCACGUCUUGAAUCCAUGAAGGGGAGUCCAAUAUCAGUGACAUAGUUGGAUUCAGACUUUAGGAAAGCUCUGCAUGGGCCAGAAUAGCAAUACUGAGGCUGUGUUUUAGAAUAAUGAAGUGUGUGUGAACUUGCGUGAUCCUAAGUGGAAGACCCAGAGGAGAUGUCUUUGUUCUGCUCCUUCCCUGUGGCCUUCUUCACCCUUGUUGACUCUGUGCUCAUUGUGAAGUUCUUGUAACACGCAGUGUUUUGAGUUCAGGAACAAGAUGUCAGGUGGGUUUGUAGCUAGGUGAGAUAGAAUACAGCAGCUGCUACAUGAGCUCUUUGAGAUCUUACAGCUUAUCUGCCGGUUCUUGAUACUGAAGAUCAGCCUUUUGGGCUCACCUCUAACCGCAGAGCCAGCCUCACAGGCUCCAGCCAGUAUCUGCCUCCUCCUGCUGUAGAGGAGCACUCUGGCUAGAAGAAAGCAGGAGCAAAAGUCAGUGGUUUGAAAUUCAGGCUCUGGUUUGUAGAACCAACCUGUUUGUAGCUUGGAGAGAAAGAGCAGAGGUGAGCUGGUUCCAGUUCACUGAAGCGUUUAGAUUCUGUUUUCAUGGCUCGUAGUAAAGAGGAGAGCAAAGAAUAAAAAAUAAUAGCCAAGAAUUUAAGGAAAAACAAAAUACAACAGUUAGUCUGAUACCAGGGUAUACCAGCCCUUUUAUACACUUCAGCAGCAGCUUUCUCUCUGAUUUUUUUUUUUUUUUUUUUAAACUGCAGAAGAGCAGGAAGUUGGCACUUCUCUCUGCUUUCUGACUGAAGGCUGUCAGUGUGUUUUAAGUAUGAAUCAUAUUCUCUGCCUUGUACCUUUUGCAUCAAGACCCACAGAGAGCUGCACAACAAAUAUAUGUUUUAAAUCUACUGUGUAUACCUUUUAGGUACUUGGCUAUUGUAUUGCCUUAAUGGCCUCUUCAUGUUGGUAACAGCAGGAAGGUGGACAUGUAGUAUGCUUUUGUGUAGCUGAUGUGUAUCUCCAUCCAAUCAAAACCAGUGUUAGUGGGAGGAAAUAAGAACCCAUCCAAGAACUGUGACCUAACAUCCAUGCACAUUUCAGCCUGCUUGAUGACUGUGAAAAUUUUCCAUGUUACUGGUGUUAGGAAUUAGCUGUACUUGGAAAGGAAAAAAAUGUCUUUUUGAAUGGAAUUAAAGUAAAGCCCUUCCCUUGAAA